UCCUUUUGGACGUGUGGAACUGUGACUUGUAUUAUGUGAUGUAUUCCAAUGUAACUUGUAUCCACGUUCAAAAUACAUGAAACCAUUACCAAAUACCUCGGGGUUUUGUUCACGAGUGAGGGAAGGAUGGAACGCGAUAGCGACAGCCGAAUAGGUGCGGCGUCUGCAGUGAUGAGGAUUCUACUUUAUUUUAUUUGUAUAAUUUCUUACCAACGUAGGGUGAAGGAGAUGUGCUUUCUGUCAAAAAACAGACUGUUUUCAGAGAAAAAAAUGUCGAAAAAAUUAAUUUACUUUUUUUUUUUUUUACCAGAAACCCGCUAAUUUGCUGAAUGGCAAAUGUGCAGGUGUCACUUUAUAAGCAGGAAAAAAAUAGGGAGUUGAAUUUGAAACUUAUAUUUGAGAGGGAAGACAAGAAUUGUGCUUUAAAAAAAGAUGAUUUUGGGUCCAGUGUGAAUGAGUCUCGCUAUCUUUGUCGUGUCACCUUCGCACAUGGUCUCAAUGUGGCUGCAGGUUGUUGUGGUGGUAAAUCAUCAGUUAAGCCACUGGCUCAAAGGUCCUCUGGGAGGUGUCUCUGGAAUUUGCCCGUUGCAGACAUUCACUCGGUGCGGAACCACCUUCUUCUCCACUCCUUGUCCUUGAAAAUCACACAGAACAUCCAAUUCAACAUGGACGUCUCAGCCGAUGAUGGAAUUAUGCGACGUCAUCAUUCGGACAACUCGGACUCGGAGCACGAGAGGCGUGAGAUCAGCCAGGUGCAGGUCCACGUCUCCGCCGAGGAAGAGCAUACCUCCCCGGACUACAUGGACACCAGAGACGGAGACACACGCAGCCGCUCUUCCUCUUCUUCUUCUUCUUCAUCUAGUAGCCAUGAAGAAGAGGAGGGGGAGGCAGCAUUGAAGAUGGAAGACGUUCCCAAGGAGCCAGAUGUUGUCCACAGGGAGGAGGUCAAACCAGAGGAGGUGAACCAGGCCCAGUCCAGGCGCUCUUCCACAUCCUCUGCGUCUUCCGCCUCCGCUGAGGAGGACAACGCCGAGGAUGGUAUGCUGAUGGCCUACAAGCACUCGGACACCAAGGCGGAGGAGUCUGUGGACUACAGCCUGAAGACUCUGGAGAACGUCAGCCUAGACGAGAGCAGCCUCGCUGACCCUGGACAUCCUGAGAUCUCGCUCUACGUCAAGGCCGGCAGCGAUGGGGAGAGCAUCGGCAACUGUCCCUUCUCGCAGCGUCUCUUCAUGAUCCUCUGGCUCAAAGGAGUCGUCUUCAACGUCACCACUGUGGACCUCAAGAGGAAGCCAGCGGACCUGAACAACCUGGCGCCUGGCACGCAUCCGCCAUUCCUCACCUACAAUGGAGAGGUCAAGACGGACAUCAACAAGAUCGAGGAGUUCCUGGAGGAGAUGCUAGCACCUCCCAAGUAUCCCAAACUGGCGGCCAAGCAGAGAGAGUCCAACACGGCCGGGAAUGACAUCUUCGCCAAGUUCUCAGCCUUCAUCAAGAACACCAAAGUGGAUGCUAACGAUGCAUUGGAGAAAGGUUUAACAAGGGCGCUGCAGAAGCUGGACGACUACCUGAACAGUCUCCUGCCUGACGAGAUUGACGCAGACAGCAUGGAGGAGGAGAAGGCCUCCAAGCGAAGCUUCCUGGACGGGCACGAGCUGACCCUGGCAGACUGUAACCUGCUGCCUAAACUGCACAUAGUCAAGGUCGUGGCUAAGAAGUACCGAAACUACGACAUUCCCUCGAACAUGACAGGGAUCUGGCGGUACCUGAAGAAUGCGGCGGCACGUGACGAGUUCACCAACACGUGCGCAGCCAGCUCAGAGAUCGAGAUGGCGUACAAGGACGUGGCCAAGAGGCUGGCCAAAUAGAUCCUCCUUGGAUAUGACCAGCGUGUGCCCUUCACAGAGUUUAUGUCCACGGAUGUCACAUGUGACACAGAAUGUCCUUGGCUGAUAUGUAUUUAUUUUCUAUCACGACACACAGCAGCCUUUCAUGCUUGGUAAAGCUUUGAAUCCCAGUGACGUCCAGGUGCUUAGCUUUAUUUAUCCUUCCACCCACUAGUCUAGUCUGACUCCACUGUUUAUUAUUGAUCUUUGUCUGACACACUAACAUCAACAUGGUCCUCAUCCAGCUCAUUAAAACUUUACUCAUUUUGUCUCCUCAGUCUUUCUCGUCACUCCCCACUCUGCCCCAUAUCUUACAAGUGCUUAGAACCUUCAGGAGUUGAGAGUUAGGAUUAUUGGUUAGGGUUGGGGGUUAGGAGUGAAGGGCAGCGCCCCACCCCCUCCGACCCGGAGGGAGCGAAAAAUGCACGGGCCCCCUCCUGGCUCCACAUCUUUCACCCACCCUUUCCCAGGAAAAAUGAGACAACAUGUUUCCUACAGUGUGGACAGCUGUCCAUCAUCAGCUCCAGAACCUUCAUUUUCCACGACAGCGGCCUUCCACAACCAACCGGCCUAUAAGCUUCAUUAAUG